AUGCAAAUUAAAAUAUUUUGUAUAAUAGCCUAUACAAAAAAAAUUAUUUUUUAAUAUAAAUAAAUAAUUCUACUUAUUUUAUUAACAGCGAUAAAUUAAUUUUAUUUUAAAAGCUAAAACUAAUUUUUGAUAAAAUAUUUAUCUUUUAUUUAAUUUAUAAAAUAAUUUAAUAUUUUUAUUACUUUAAAAAGAAUAUAAGUACUUUUAAACUGGCAAUUUAACUGUCAACUAAAUAUAUUAUAUCCUAAAUUAUUUUUAGCGCCAGGUGUUAAUUUAUAAGGAAUGAUCAUUUUGAUUAAUAGCAAAAAAAUAUAAAAGGCGAAAAUCUCACAAGAAAAGGCUGAAAAGAUGAAAAUGAAAUACCCAGCUUAUUUUGCAUAGACAUAAGAAGCUCUAUUUCAAUAAAACAAAUAAAUUUUUUAAAUAUUUUAGAAUAAAAAUAUAUUUUAAAUAUUUAUGCUAGUAUUUUUUAUAUUUAAAUUAGAAAGCGAUUAAUUAUAUUUCAGCCAUUUUUUCUUCAUUUAUUCCAGCCAUUUUGUAGCAAUAAAAUUUAUAACAUAAUAUUUUAAUUACUCAUUAGAAUAAGUGUAUUUUACAAAAAUAUAAAAAUUUUUUUAUAUUAAAUAGAAUUUUUCUUAAAAUAUUUACUACUAUUAAUCUAUUUGCUGA